AAAGAUGGCUGUCUUUACGAAGUGAUAUAUCAGGCCGAAGACGGAUGGUUUGGUCGCAAAUGCAAAAAAGUGAACCAUUCCUCGAGUGUCAUCUCAUACUUCUUUCCCUCGUUAUUCAACGUUACAAAAGAUGACGAAGUAAUUCAGAUGGAAAUCGACGAGAAAAGACAUAUACUUUACACGCUUACCAGAAAUGGAACCAUCGAUGUGUUUGACUUGGGAUCAGAUGGCAAAAGCACUUAUAGAGUGACAUCAAAGACAUUGAACGCUAUAGUGAACGAGGCGUCGACCGCCGCCCAAACUAUAGAUCAGUUAAACUUUAAGCCAAUUGUCUCUAUCAGUGCUAUAGAAGAGAGUGAAUCGAUUCACGUAAACUUGAUUGCUGUGACCAAAGCCGGCGUUCGGCUCUACUUUACCACAACAUCGCUGUCAUCGCCAGAACAGCGUCCGUUUGCGUUGACACUAAUUCAUGUCAGACUUCCGCCCGGUUUUACCGCAUCGUCGCCAUCGCAGAGACCGACAUCUGUUCACUGCUCGCACUUCAAGAGAGGCACUCUUCUCAUGGUUUCGUCGCAAAUGGAAAACAAAGACCUGUUGUGGACAAUAAGCGGCGACUCAUUUGCGUUCAAUUCAGAACUGAUGGAACUCUUCUCAGUCUCUCAUUUAAACAGCAAAAUCUGGAGAAUUGCCGAAGAAGUGAAAUCUAUUCCUUAUAAACCAUUUCAUUCAUAUGUGCUGAAGAACAAAGUGGUGGCCAUAGAGUCACCCCUAAUGGUCACUCAACACAUGGAAGAGCCCCGAAAGUUCAUAUUCUUGACGUCUCAGGGAAUUCACAUCGGCUUUAAGCCCAGAAUUGUUGACCAAUUGUUGCAGCUUUUGAUUGAGAAUCAGGGCUACGAUAACGAGUCCGUUAAAGCAUUCUUCGCUUUGCAUUCUGGCCCUCAGGGAUGUGCUAUCGCUCUGAUACUGGCCUGCGGUUCAAAGUCAGCUCAAGAAACCAAAAUCAAAGAGUGGGCGACGGCUGCCUUCUUCCACUUCGGCGGUGAUCCUCAACAGAUGGCCACUCAUUCAGUGCCACUACAAUCUCGAUCAUCAUUUCCACCCCAGACUAGUCCUCCCUUCGACCGUUCUAUACAACAGGUCUCGACACCACUUUCAACAGUUAAUCAGCCAUUGUUUUCCACCCCUUCGUCGCCUAUAUAUCCACAAUCACAACAAAUGGGAUAUUUGAGUCCAUCAGAUAUGGUGUCCCCUCUGUCUCGCAACGAGCCUAUGAUAACCGGUGACACAAACACUGUUAGCAUUCAGUUUUCGCACAAACAUAACGGCGUUUAUCUAUACUUUUCGCGUAUCAUUCGUCCCGUUUGGAGCCUAAAGUGUGUCACUUCUCAGCGCACUAUCACUGCUGAGGGACAGAAGGAUUUCUUGGUGUCAAACAUAUCGUUGAAUGAAAUUAAAUUAUACGACAAUAGGUUAACGGAAUUAAGAGAUUUUCUCAAAAGUAAUAUCAAAUUUUCGCUCAACUUUGAGAACGAGAACAACAGAAGAGGACUAAUGAGAGGAAACGAUGUCUACGCGAAUGAAAGGAAUUCUUUGCAUCUGUUGUUAAGACUCAUUGAACAUUGCAUUGAAGUGUUGGGUCUUUGGAAGCUGUUAUGCGAUCAUCAGUUCCACGCAAUCACAGCAGUCCUUCCCAUUGAAAAGCAGAAUCAAUUGAUUGGAAUGACUUUCAAAGAACUUGUCGUUUACGGCAGCGAAAUGACUACUCUAUUGGCCAGUGCUUUGGUCCGCAGGUUUAUCGAAGACAACUCGACUACUGAUAUCAUUAAUAGGCGUCUCCAAGAGGUCUGUCCGUCGAUCUAUAAGAAUGAGAACGCAUUGCACGCAAAGGCACACGAAUUGGUGACUAAAGCCAAGUCAAUCGCCAACCCGACAGACAGGGCCUCGCAGUUGGAGUACGCGUUGACUUUGUGCAAAAAGAUCGGGUCUCGCAUUAAUCUCCAACCCAUCUGUGAAUUGUUUCAAUCCGUUCAAUGGUAUGAAGCGGUUGUCGACAUUUGCCUAUUGACGGCCCAAAACCGCGAUCCGCAGAAUUUAGCCCUUCAUUACUAUCGCAAUGGCGAACAAAUGGAGGAUCAGAUCGGAUAUUACGUGUUCAGCGCUCGCAAUGAAUGUUAUAAAUUAUUGCUCGAAGUAUACGAACGACUCGUACAGCAAAGCAGAUCGCUAUUGAAUCCUAGAGGAGAGGAAUCGCCGCAAACUAUGCUCUCCUUAGAAGAGGCGAAGAAACGGUCAAACGAUGUGUUAAGGCAUGCGAUUGAGUCGAACGACGAGCUCUUUCACAUCGCUCUAUACAACUGGCUCUACGAACACCAACAGAGCGAUCGACUCCUCGAGAUUAAGUCCCCGUAUUUGGAGAGUUAUCUGAAACGCAAAACGUCUGCCUUUUCUGAUUCAAUC